AUGUAUACUGGCCCCGAGCCUCACGGGCCAAGUGCGCUGAUGAGCAGCAGGAGCAGCAGUACCUUCACUUACCCCGUUCUCCUUGCAGAGGGCCCGUUGCGGGACCAGUCGUCAACUCGGGCACCUCUUCCACUCGUGCUGUUCAUUCUUGCACUGCCGCUUGUCAUUGGUGUAUUUAAAGUGCUGUGGCUGGUGCUUGGGGCGUCCUGGAGAAAGCGUCAAAUGAAACGCAGAGGGGAGGUUGUACGCACUAUUACAGGUCAGUUCCACCGUGGAACUUCUAGUUAUCGCUGGAAUGAGGACGGUGGGAAUGACCAUAGCGGCAUCCUCCUUAACUCUGUGCUUCUGUACGUUGUCAAGCGCGCCGGGAAAUCGCAGGAGCAACAAGAGGAGGACCUCUGGUGGGCAAGGGAUUGGCGUGGCAAACCAUCUGUGCUUUUUCUCUUUGAUCCCCUUAAGAGUGACUCGCACCUGGUACUGGGGCCGAAACGUUUUGAGUAUGUCGGCUACUAUCACGCCAACGUCCAACAACGCGCUUUCCACGAGCGCAAGCAGCUCCACAGAUACACCGUUGUUCGACUCCCAACCGCCGGGUCGUGGUUAUCGGUGGGUGAUGGUGUGGAGCUGACCUACCAGCGACGGCGGAUGGAUGAUAAAAAAGUGAAGAGGGUGAACCACAUGCUACAUCUGAGGGCAACCGGUGUGGGCGGAGCCGAGCGAUUGGAGGCGUUCGUACAACAGUCGCUGCGCCACUACAUGACAGUGGUGCCGCAAUCAGGCGGCAGAGAGCGACUUUUCUUUCAGCUUCAGAACAAUGGGAUGUCGUUGUACUUUAAGAAAAGUCCGCUUCCUUCUAGCAGGUCGUUUGACUCCAUGUUCUUCCCGCAGAAGGAGGAGGUACUCGCCUUGCUUGAUCGCUUCCUUGCAAAACGUGGUCGUUUUGCCCUCGAAGGAUUUCCUCACAAGAUCGGCUUCCUCGUGCAUGGUCCGCGCGGGUCAGGCACAACAUCGUUCGUCGCGGCCCUAGCCUCGUACACUGGCCGGCAUGUGAUAUCCGUGCGUCUCCAUAUGAUAUCGUCGAACCGACAGCUGCAUGACAUCUUCCUUAAGCGAGAGCUCCAGUGUUUCGGGGAAAGUCUGCCCUUCACAUUCAACUUUAGCGAUGUCAUAUUUCUUCUUGACGACGUGGACUCCAAUGAUAAGAUGGUACGGUGCCGUGUCUCCGCAGCAGGAGAGAAACAAGACGAGGAAGCAGGUGAAGGCGAUGCAUGCAAGCUCACCCGGCUUGGCAUAUGGAAAACAAAGGAAGCUGAUAAAGUAAGUUUAUCUGGACUUCUUAACGUCCUCGACGGCGUGAUCGACACGCCUUCGCGCAUCGUCGUGAUGACCACACGGGACCCAGAAGGAAUCGACCCUGCGCUGCUACGGCCGGGUCGUCUCGGCUACAAGUUGCAUAUGCACCACAUGCGUUUGCAGGAGCUGCUGGGGCUUCUCGGGCUGCACUUCGGCACAAUGAACCCCCACCACGUGGAGAGCUGCCCAGAGACAGUAAGGGCGGGGUGCGAAGCCCCCGCAAGGAGCACCGCGCCCCGUGUGUUGCGCGACGAUGAGGUGGAGCGCGUGCGUCGCUGUGUGGCCGCAUUGACGCCUGACGAAUUCGCCAUGUCUCCCGCCGUGGCGGAGUCGAUGUGUUUCAGGUCGCCCUCAUUGGAUGCGUUUUUGGAUGAGCUCCGCCGCUGUCACCACAGUGUGAGUUAG